AGUUACUUUUCUGGCCCCAGCCAGCCUACCCCAGGCGGGUUAGGAGGGGAGCUCUCGAAGAGCUGCCAUCCAGACAACAGGCCUGGCGCUGGGCUGACCUUCUCUCUCCCGCCCCGCUUCCCCGUCGUUUCUGUGGGACCCUCUGCGAAGAGCGCCAUAACUUGCGCCCGCAGCGCAUUUCUCUCCUGGGCGAAGGCCGGCGAUCCCGCUCGCCCACCGACCGACCUCUUCUUACCCUGAGGGGGCCAGCCAGAGAACGGGUUCAGAUCCCGCCUAGCGAAUUUCACCUUGAGAUUUCGGCAUACUGUUAAUUGUCCUAUGAAGUACAUUCUGGUAACUGGUGGUGUCAUCUCAGGCAUUGGCAAAGGAAUUAUUGCAAGCAGCAUAGGUACAAUCUUGAAAUCAUGCGGCCUAAGAGUUACUGCUAUCAAAAUAGAUCCGUACAUUAACAUAGAUGCUGGAACAUUCUCACCUUAUGAGCAUGGUGAAGUUUUUGUGCUAAAUGAUGGUGGAGAAGUUGACCUCGACCUGGGAAAUUAUGAAAGAUUCUUAGACAUUAAUCUUUACAAGGAUAACAACAUUACCACUGGAAAAAUCUACCAACAUGUCAUCAAUAAAGAGAGACAUGGGGAUUAUCUGGGGAAAACAGUUCAAGUUGUCCCACAUAUUACUGACGCUGUUCAAGAAUGGGUAAUGAACCAAGCAAAGGUUCCUGUUGACGGUGACAAAAAAGAACCUCAGAUAUGUGUAAUUGAACUGGGAGGAACUAUUGGAGAUAUUGAAGGAAUGCCUUUUGUAGAAGCUUUCCGACAAUUUCAGUUUAAAGCCAAAAGGGAGAACUUUUGCAACAUCCACGUCAGCCUUGUACCACAGCCUAAUGCUACUGGUGAACAGAAGACAAAACCAACUCAAAACAGUGUUCGGGCUUUAAGAGGACUCGGAUUGUCUCCUGAUUUGAUAGUGUGCAGAAGUACCAAACCAAUAGAAAUGGCUGUGAAAGAAAAAAUUUCGAUGUUUUGCCAUGUGGAACCUGAGCAGGUAAUAUUUAUUCAUGAUGUUUCAUCCACUUACCGAGUGCCAAUUCUGUUGGAAGAGCAAGGCAUUAUUAAGUAUUUUAAAGGGAGGCUGAACCUGCCGAUUGAUGACCAACCAAGUGAACUUCUUCUGAGAUGGAAAAAAAUGGCUGAUAGGUAUGAGCGAAUGCUGAAGACAUGUUCUGUGGCUCUAGUUGGCAAAUAUACAAAACUGAGCGAUUCCUAUACGUCCGUUUUCAAGGCCUUAGAACAUUCAGCUUUAGCAAUAAACCACAGGCUCAAUUUAAUGUAUAUAGAUUCAGCAGACCUUGAACAUAGUACAGAGGCUGAGAAUCCAGUUAAAUUCCAUCAAGCCUGGCAACGACUUUGCAAAGCAGAUGGUGUAUUGGUUCCUGGAGGCUUUGGACAUAGAGGAACAGAGGGAAAAAUCCAAGCCAUUUCAUGGGCAAGAAAAAAGAAAAAGCCAUUUCUUGGUGUUUGUUUGGGGAUGCAACUGGCAGUAGUGGAAUUUGCAAGGAACUGUCUAAACUGGCAAGAUGCCAAUUCUACAGAAUUUGACCCAGAUACAAAAAAUAAUGUUGUGAUUGACAUGCCUGAACACAAUCCAGGAGAUAUGGGCGGAACAAUGAGACUAGGAAAAAGGAAAACUAUCUUUAAAACAGAGGAUUCCAUUUUAAGGAAACUCUACGGUGGUGAGGUUUUUGUGGAAGAACGACACAGGCAUCGCUAUGAGGUAAAUCCUGAGUUGACUCACUUCUUUGAAGAGAAAGGUUUGAAAUUUGUUGGCCAUGACACUGAAGGCAAGAGAAUGGAAGUCAUUGAACUGAAUGACCACCCAUAUUUCAUUGGCGUCCAGUUCCAUCCAGAGUUUUCCUCAAGACCUAUGAAACCUUCACCUGCCUAUCUUGGUCUCUUGCUUGCUGCAACAGGUUCACUCAAUGCAUACUUGCAACGUGGAUGUAAAUUGUCCCCUAGCAACAGCUACAGUGACCUCAGUGAUGACAGUUUUCCAGAAAAAGAACUUCCUGAAUCAGAAACAGUUUGAACAGUCUUUAAAAGACAAGGAACACAAUCGUAGUGGAGAUAGAUAAACAAAUCAAGAAGAAAAGGCACGAUUGAGACGGUCAUACCAAAUGGUCCAAAAACCCCACUCCAUUAUAUUUAAGCUAUUGGAGAAGGCUAACGUCAGCACAGCUGCUUUCUACACGUCCUGUGAAGAUCCCCUUGUGUUCCAGACAAUGCUUUUGCUGCUCUGGAGAAAAGUCAAUUCUAUUCAAUCAUUACUGAUCUUUUAAAAUUGUAUAAAAGCCAGCCUAAUCUAGUCUGAUGCUUUCAGGUGAAUCUGCUAGCAUUAUCUGUGUUUAGGUGAUAAUACAUUAUAGCAAUUUUUUGAAUGCAUUUCUGAAUCACUUGAAAUCAUCAUUAAAAUUAAAACUAUGUUGCUUAUAAGAAUGUAAUUGUGAAUAAUAAUUUUCAUAGGUUAGGUCUAUUUUCUUCAUGCAGGUACUAGAUUGGUCAUCAGAAAUAUUCGAUGCAUUAUAAUGUUGCCUGCUUUAAUCUUGGUCUGCAGCACUGAGUAUACUUGAAGAUUGUCCAGGCAGAGUUAAUCUAAAGAGGCUUAUAGCGUUGGACUACAAUACCAGUCUAAUAAAUAAUAGACAACAAGUCUAUAACAUAAGAGGCUAUAAAAAAUGAGAUUCUGUGUGUACAAUUUAUUGGAUUCAAAAUCUGUAACAGAGAGCAGCUUGGCUUACCAGAUAAGCUACUAUGUUUCUCAUGCCAAUUUCCUACUGCUGUGGUACGUGCAGAGAUCUUCUGAACCCAAAGUACUGCAGAAUUGAAAAACUCCAUAUCCCUCGUAGGGCUGAGAGCUAGAAGGAGAGAGGGAGAGGCAGAAACAUUGGAGAAGGCCAGAAGCAGCAGGCAUAUCUCCUUCUGCUUCUGUUCUGUGUUUUCCUUGAAAGUCAGAGGAGUCCACCUUUCUUCACGCAAUCUGCUAAACACAACCUCCCUGGCUGGAGAAUCAGAUGAGAUCUUUCCUGUCCUUUGCAGCAUCUAGGAUAAGGAAAGCAAUAAAAGGCAGAUUUUGGACUGCUAUGUUCUCAUUUUAAUGGCUGCCCAAAUGUGAGUCCAGCUUAGGCUGGCUGUGAGUUUCCUACCAGGGGAAGAGACUUUCAGUGUUG